GUAGUUAUUGAAAAAUCACGUUAAACAUUUUAUUUGUUCAUUUAUUAUUAAUUUGUGCACAUUUGUGCAAAUUUCGAAAAACAUAACUCCACUUUGACAUGAUGUGGUAUUGUGUGUAGGCCAGUGACAACCAAAUCUCAAUUUCAUCCAUUUUAAAUUCAGGCUGUAACACAACAUAAUUUGGGAAAAGUCAAGGGAUGUGAAUACUUUCUGAAGGCGCUGUAUGUCAGCAUUGUUGUAGCAUUGCGUCAUAAACUAAUAUGUUAUAUUCAUUUUCAUUAUUAUUAUCAUUAGGCUAUUAUUAUUAGCUCUGUUCAGUUAGUGAAUUAAUUAUGAAAUCCUUCACCAUUAAAGCAAUGGGACCAUGCUGGUCCAUUCUGAAUCAUGCGAGAUUGGAUUUAGCCUAUUCUUAAGAGAGGGAACAUUUAAAACAAUUUAUUGUCUCCUUAUUUUCUGCCCUUCUUGAGAUAUUGUUGUUUUCUUGUAGCAAGCAAUGUAUGUAGCUAAGCCCAAUUCAUGGUAACAAGUAAAACAACACCCAUGUGAGGUAUUCUUGAACAGUUAUGGUAAUACUCCAAUUUGCGAUUGUAACGUAUCCUACUUACUGCGUAAAGUCGGAAAUAUCCACUUACUUAAGCAUGGUUAUUGAAUAGCUGGCAAUAAAAACGUACGCUAACGUUUAAGAAACACCGAUGAAAUGACACGAGUCCAAGGUUUUCUACCACAGAAUCCGAAUCGACCUCGCUCUCGCUCUUUAUCUCUUUUGCAAACUAAUCGUUUUUGUGGUUCGUAUCUUGGAAAAACAGCAUUCCCAUUUCAAAUAAGAGCUAAAUAGUUGUUGCCUGUCAUUGUAGCCGUUUUACCUUCCAUUUUCUUUAUGCAACGUUGUUAUUCCAUCGCAUUAAUCCGCAAAUCUAGCCUCUACAUUUAAUACAACAUGUAAUUUCCCCCUUUUUAACGUAUUCCCUUUGAUUUAGUCACUCUUGACUCUCCUUUUGCGCUGGGGCCAACGGGGUUCGCCGUGGGGGCGCCUUGAAACAGCCUCUCCUUAUCUCCUUUCAUCGUUCAACCCGGGGCCGCCUUGAAACCGCAGGGCCAGUAAUUGCUUUUUUCAGGCAGCCCAGUGCGGACUGGCCAGCAGCCAAUCAGAACCUUGUUUACACUCUGUGAUUGACAGCACCCUGGCAACAUGCCAACCAAUCAGACACUUUACACAGACCGAACGCUCGAGUUUUAACCCUUUACUUCCAUUAAAAACAAACUGGGAAUGGACUGGGAAUAUUAGCCUAUAGCUCAUAGAUUUUUAACAUGGAAACACACAAGGCCAUAUCCUUCCUUUUUUAAUUGACUACAUUAGGGAACCGUGAGCAAAACUAACCCCGAGGACAGUAAUGCUAUCAAAUUACAUUGUGAUUCGAUUUCCCAAACCCUGUGUGUGUGUGUGUGUGUGUGUGUGUGUGUGUGUGUGUGUGUGUGUGUGUGUGUGUGUGUGUGUGUGUGUGUGUGUGUGUGUGUGUGUGUGUGUGUGUGUGUGUGUGUGUGUGUGUGUGUGUGUGUGUGUGUGCGUGCGUGCGUUUGCGCGUGUGUGUCAUGACAGUAAACAUAAACAGACCCCAAAGUUUUUACAUCCCGAGUUAUUUAGUCUAUUAUUUGAAUUGCUCCUGCAUUUCUGUUGUUCCCUUAAUGACCUUUUAAUCUACUUAUUUUCUAUUAUAUUUACCAAAUGUUACAAACAUAUAUUUGUAGGCAUAAUUUAUAAAUAUGAUACUCAUCAUGAUACUGAUCAUCAAAACCUUUUGCCUAUUUCUGGUGACACAAGUAAGGCAUAAGUGUGAAGCUAUAAAAAAUGUUAUUGUAAAAUAAUACAAAUAAAAACUGCCAAUGUUAUCCAAAGAUUUUUCAUUGUUUUAACCUAGUUUGGUGAUUGACGUGUAGGCCUCGUUAAUGUGAUCACAAUAUUCUGUUGACUUCCUAGUGAUCAAAAAGUGUAUAUUUUCUGCUUUUCACUCACAGUGCUGCCUGUCUCCUUGCGUUUGUGUGGAGGGCAUGCUGUUCUCUGCAAAGGGCUUGAAUCAAACGCCCGCCGUUUUGUUUUGCGAAUCCAGCAACUUCGCCAUUGGUUUACGGCACCAUCCAAUCGGAGACUCUGUUUAUCACGGGGCGCGUCUCACGGGCACGCUUCUCAUUGUGUUUACCAAACCAAUGGGCUUGCGCGUUCCCUUACUGUCCCUCCUUCGCGCGUAGUUGUGGCACUAGCGGAUACAGUGGGAGAGUUUCUGUGUGGAUGUGCGAUCUUCGAUUCACUAGAAGCCUGUACUUCUACGAUGCAUCUCUAUACCUCAACUGCACAAUACAAUCUGCAGACUAGGAUGUAACUAUUUCCACGUUUUUCUUUGUUGUACGCCGCUUUUUUUCAUUUGUAUGUUUUCGUACUAUUUUUUAAAUCAUUAAUUGUUAUGCAAGGAAUAACUUACCAAACAUGACCGGGACAUACCUUUUGGUCGGCAAGGCAAAAACUCGACUGAAUGCAAGACGACCUAUCCGAAGUUCAUAAAAGGGAUUAUUGCAUCUGGGAAGCGUUCGAUGCUUCUGGCUUUUCCUCUGGAUUGGGGGAUUUAUUUCUUCUCGACAGAAUGGAAAGCCGGGAUUUCGCUCCUCCACACCACCUCUUGACAGAGCGGGGCGCGUUGGUUCACCAUGCCGCCUCUCGGAUAACUCCUGGCGGCCACAGCACCGUGCAGCACCCCGCUCAUUUCCAGCCCGGAAAAUACUAUCCCUCUCACAUCUCCAUGGCCCCACAUUCAGGUGCGUCGUUCAUGGGCUCAUUCCUGGCCAGCAGUUUGGGCUCUCCCCAGUCUCACCCAUCCGGCCCCCCUGCCUCCCCUUCCUCGCCCUCCUACAGGGGAGUACCUCACUCCAGUGCAUCUCCCAUCUGGUUCCCCCACUCACAUGAAGGGUAUCCCCGUUAUUCAGGAGGUCUGACCUCCCCCUUUCUUCCCAUGAGCCACUUGGAUCACCAUAGCAACAGCAGCGUUCUCUACGGACAGCACCGAUUCUACGACACUCAGAAAGAUCAUUUCUAUCUGAGAAGUCUGCCGUCCCAGCCCCCUCUUCUCUCAACCAAUCACAGCCUUCCGCCACUGUCUAGGACCGCCCCUGGACAUCCUCUGGGGUCCUGCAGCAGGGAAACAGACUCUGGGGAAGGAGGAGGAGGAGGGGGAGGGGGAUCCCAAAAGAGCUCCAAAGAACCGGGGAUGGUGGAAAAGAGUGUGUCGAGAGAGAGAUCCAGCAGCAAAGAGAGGCCCCAGGAGAGCAAAGAGCGACAUCAUCAUCACCACCAUCAACAUCAGCCUCAUGCGCUUUCUCACCCCCACUUCCUCCCCACUCACAUUGGUGAGGAGGACCACAGACACAAAACCCCCAACCUGCCCACGGAAUACAGGGACGACUCCGCAAAGCAUGGAAACGACCCCUUAAACCAGGGUGCGAAACACAUGACCAACUGUGCACAACUAAGUAAACUAUCCAAUGCAGACUCUGGGUCUGGGUCCAAGGCUGCAUCCCUGAACAGCUGUGGGGGUGGAGGUGAAGGGGGUAACAGACCCCAGGGGAGUGGUAGUGGGGGGGCGAGACGAUGCUCCAAGGAAGGGGGCGUGAGUGGGGAAAUGAGGAUAAGUGAAACUGUCCCCUCCUCCUCGUCAGACUGUCUGCGUCGAGCAGCCAUGAUGGGACCCCACAACCCCCAUGCCAUGGCUUCCUACUCCAUGCCCCCUCCCCCUCCUCCACCACUACAUAUGGGGCCUGCUGUGGGAGGGGGCUGGCUGCACCAUCCUCACCAUCCCCAUCACCCCCACCCGGAGUUCUACUGCCCCCCUCCCCCUGCCCCCCUUACUCUCACCCCCCCUAAAGACAGAGGAUCAGGGAGGGAGGCGAAAGGCUCUGGCCCUACGUACGUUCCCUCGGUCGGGCCUUUUGGGGACAUGGGGUCCCCUGACUGCCGUGGUGCUGGAGGAGGAGUGGGUGGAAGCGGAGCUAAGGAUGUAAAAGGGGCAGAGAAGAGCGGAGGAGGAGGAAGAGGUGGAGGGUCUAGUGAAGGUCUUCAUUCACUUCUUAAUCCUCAUCAUCCUCAGUCCAGUAACUGCCAGAGGAAGCCGUCGUCCCAGACGCAGCAGCCCCAGCCCCAUCAACAGCAGCUGGGCUAUGGCAAGGCAGACAAGCCUCCAGACUGGAACCAGAACCACAAAUACAACCAACACCACCACAGCCAGAACAACCAGCCCAAAUCCCAGCCUCAGCCCCAUACCUCUAACCCCCAGUCCCACCACCCUAACCCCAAGCCUGGGCCUCGCUCCUGCAGCCUAGAGGCUUCUUCUUCCAGGGGAGACUUGGAGGUCCUAGAGGUCUACCGGCCCUCCCUGCCUCUUGAAGCCCAGAGCGCUUACCCCGGGGUUGGGCACCAUGCCACCAAGACUGGGCCCUACGCCAGCACCCCGCCCUUCCGGGACUGUUCACACUCAGCUCCUCCUGAGGGAAAGGGGGGGUCAGGGGGGAGAGCCCAAAGAGUGGGGCAGAAGGUUGCUAGGAUAAAGCACCAGCAGCACAGUAGUCAUGGCAGCGGGUCAGGUUCUGAUGGAUCAGGGACUGAAAGGGGGAGAGAGGGGGGUAGGCAGAGUCAGAAUCAGAAUCAGAAUGGUGAGAGUGGUGUUGUCAUGGGGUACAGGGUUCAAACGCCCCCCACACUACACCCUUGGGGGGUACUGAGAGGUCCUCAAGAGGACGAGAGGAGGAUGUCCCCCCACACAGAGUCCUACCCCGAUAACAGGACUCAAAACACCCAUGACCAACAGCAGUCAUCGCCUCACCCCUCUCACCCCCACUCCUCCCCCAACCCAGAGGGAGAGAGCAGCGCCAUGAAGAACCUAAUGAACUACAGUUCGCAGCAGCCUUUGCUGCUCUCCCAGAGGAGUCCUUUCGGGGGGCUGGGCUGCCUGAAGCAAGGCGCCGAGAAGGGAGUGAAGGGGGGUAGACCCAGCGCCCCUCAGGAUCCCCCCAAACAGCCCCUACCCCCUAGGAGAGGGUCCAAUAGCGAGGGGGAAAGGAUGGACGGAGGGGGAAGAGGGGGGAGGGAGGCGGGGGAGACACACGGGGAGGGGGAGGUGCGACAGCCCCCUGUGGGUAUAGCUGUGGCGGUUGCCCGGCAGAGAGAGCCCCCCCAACGCCCGUCUGAUACCCCCCCAGGACACAGCCGACAGGGCAGGGUGCUGCCCAGCAUCAAAGGUAUGUCUCGCUCUGUGUACCCGCUGGGCCGGGAGGCAGAAGAGAGGAAGAGGAUGACAGAAGAGCAGCUGAGCCUUCAUCACCUCGACCGAGACAGAGAACUCCUCAUCAGGGAAAACAAGGAGAGAGGGGAGUUUGCCAGGAUCCACCCAUCCAGCAGUUGCCAUGGUGACCUGACCUCUCACCUUCUGGUGCCCGGCGGGGCCAGCCAAUUAGGUGGAGACCCUUCUACUCAUGCUCACCACCAUUGGAUGCAGCGGACUGGAAGUCCCUCCCUCUGGAUGGGCCAUUCAUAUGGUCUGAGCCAUGCUGCUCUGCACCAGAGUAUGGGCCCAGGGUUCGGCCCUGGCCUGCCCAGCCCCCUGCAGCCUGUCCUGCCUCUGUCCCAGGACCCCUCUGGCUCCCUGGUGGUCCUGCCCUCUGAGCCUGGAGCUCACCACCACCUGGAUGUGUUGGACCAGUCAGCUCUGUGGCCCUCGGUCUACGGAGCCCGAGGUCCCUCCCCCCACAUGCAGCAUCACGCUGUUUACUCCCGUUCGCCGUUCCUACGGCAACAGGAGCUCUACGCCCUGCAGCAUCAGCACCACCAGCAACAACACAGGGCCAUGGAGCACCUGCAUCGACAACACACACUCUCACAGAGGAAGGCAGAGGACACCACUAUCACCAUUGACGAUCCUCCUCUCCACGACACUUCGAGAACCUCCCGUGCUGCUAAGCCCUUCUCCCAUACCCCUCCCUCCAAGACCGCCCCUCCCUCCCAGGGGGUGUGUCCCAGCAGUCGCCAAGCACCAUGCUGCAACUCCCCUUCCAGGAGAACACACCCCCAGAACCGUUUAAAUCCCGCCCCCAGCCCUGCGGCUGCAGCCCCUAGAUCCCCAGCUCUAAGCCCCGCCCCCUCACACCUGUUGAAAGGAGCGGAAAGAGGGGAAAGAGGAGAGGGGCAGCCGCCUCAGGAUUACCCACAAUCCUUAGAGCCAGAUCUUCCACCAGGUUACACCUAUCCAGAAAUCACCAUGGGUUACAAGGCUGGUCCUUCCCCAGAGGAGGCCCGAUUGGCUGAACAUGCUGAUCUGGAGGUGGAGCCAGCUGAGCCCUGCCCUAAGCCCUGUCCACACACCGUGAGGAUUGUGGAGGAUGAGGAGGCAAAACCAGAGAAGAAGGAGAACGGGUGUAAAGUUGUAGAAUCUAGUGGAGUUGUAGAAAGGGAACGAGAAGGAGCAGAGGUGGAGGGCCAAUCAGUAUCUGAGCCCCCACUAUUUGGCAGUGGAGUGAAGACUCUUGAAAUGGCGCCGUUUCUUGCCCAAGUUUCAACCUCAGCCACAUCCCCAGCCAUACUUCCAGCUCCAUCUCUAGCCCCAGUCUCUGCUUCUGAGGAUGCCCAGAAAGGAGAGGUCUCUGUGGGCAGCCUGGUCCAGCCAGCUGGCUUGAAGGACCCACAACCAGCACAAGCGAAGAAAGAUGAGAAGGAGGAAAGUUCAGCAGAAUUGAAAAAUAACCACCUACCAGAUUGUACUGUUUCCCUGCCCCUUGAGCUAACUGGACAUGGGGAGAAGGAGGAGAGAGAGAAGGGUGAUGAUGUGGAGGAGAAGGAGAAGGAAAAGGAGAAGGAGGAAGUUAGGAUGAGUACGAGUGAAGCCUCUGUAGAGAUACUAAGCAGCCCACGGCCCUCUCCAGCCCCAACCUCAGCCUCCACCCUCAGUGAUGAUCCCUGCAUCUGGAGUCUGGAGCUUCUUAUUGCCGCAGCAUUGUGUGCCACCCGGGAUGCCUGCUACCCCCCUGUGCCCCCCUCCAAUACACUCCUGCCCGCCCCGUGCCCACUCCCACACCGAGGCAUGGAGAUCCUGGGAGAGUUGGCUGAGCUGGGGAUACUGCAGAGGAACAGGGAGAAGGAGAGAGAGACAGGAAGUGAGGAUGUUUUGACCUUUGACCUGCGUAGCCUGGCGACCCUGGCUGCAGCCCGCAGUCUGGAGCUGGGGGGAGGAGCUACAGGGACGGGGGAGGGGCAGCAGUGUACCGUCAGAAGGACCCUCAACCUGCGACGGAAAUGCAGCUGGAUGCCUCGCCACGAGCCGGUGUGUCCAGUGAAGGCUGCCAUGGAGACGAUGGAUGAGGCGGAGCUAGCGAUGCGAGUGCAGCUAGCGGAGAUACAGAGACGUUACAAAGAGAAACAGAGAGAGUUAGCCAAGCUGCAGAGAAAACAUGACCACCAGAAAGCAGAGACCUCUCACAGCCCUGUUCGCAGACGACCUGGUCGCCCCCGGAAACGCAAGUCUACCCCAGGUCCCAGCGCCUCAGAUGGCCCCAAGAGACUCAGGGCGGAGGAUGAGGAAGCAGAAGGGGAUGGAGAGAAGCGGAGGAAGAGGAUGACCAAUCAUGGCUUCCUCAAGAGGAGGAGAGGUCGUCCCAGCCUGAGCUCCAGACUAGCACGGAGGGUGACCCAGCUGAAGCAGAAGGCUGUGGCCCAGAGAGGUGCCCCAUCAGGGGGCAUGCAUCGCCACAGAGUGGACCCCAGACCUGGAGCCCACGCAAACUGCAGAGAGAGUGACAAAGCAGCCAAUACAUCCAGUGCCCAGCAGAACUGGGCGCCCAAUCAGGGGGUGAGGAGGAGGAGGAGAGGUCGGCCAAAGGUCAAACAAGGCGGACCAUCGACCAGAGUCCUCCGCAGAGCAGGCGAGGACUCUGCGAACCAGGAAGUGAACGAAGGGAAGAGCAAUAGCGAGACCUCCGGCCAGGAGGAGGAAGAUGAGGGGAGCUAUGACAGCGACAAAGGAACCAAUGACGUCAAGACGACGCCACCAUCCUCCAAAGACACGCCAAUGCACACUGCUGCGAUUGGCCCAGCCGCUAAGCUUCAAGCCAAUCAGAAAGCCAGAAGCAAGAAGGAGAGGCAAGGUGAUGAUGCAAGCCUGCCCAGUGCGGAGCUGAGGAUGAGAGGAGCCCCCUGCACGCCACGUCCUGCUACUGCAGACCGGAGACGCCCGGAGCUCCAGGAGCCACAGGGGGAAAGGAGAGGACCUGUACCUAACUGGAGGGCCUCAUCAGUGGGAAACAGCCUCGAGGACAGCAGGGGGGUCCAGGGACCUAUGGCGGAGGCCGAGAUGAAGAGCUCAGAACCCCAAAGCAUUCUGGGACAGAGGAGAGGCUGCUGGCUGGAGACUGAGACCCAGAGAGAGGAAACCACCAGGGGCAGGAAGAGCAGGAAGAAACAGGCUAAAGGGCGUGCAGUGAGCCGGCUGCUGGAGAGCUUUGCGGCUGAUGAAGGAUUCCGAUUGGACGAGGAGAGUAGCUUCUCCGAGGGGGAGGAGGAAGACAUGGAGCAUAUAUCUCACACACGCAGAGCACCAGCAGUGCUUAACUGUGUGCUGAGCAGGGAGAUGCUGGUGGAUGGUCUGAAGGUGUUGAUAUCUAAGGAGGAUGAGCUGCUGUAUGCUGCUCGACUACACACUCUGGACCUGCCUGACAUAUUCCGUGUUGUGAUUGAGGGGGAGAGGGGGAACAGACCAAGGAUCUACUCUCUAGAACAGCUAUUAGAGGAAGCGGUGUUGGAUGUGCGGCCGCAGACGGAAGCCAUCUUGACUGCUGGGAUGCGUGUUUGUGCCUACUGGAGCGAACGCUCCCGCUGCCUCUACCCUGGAUACGUCCACAGAGGGGGUCUGGGAGAGGAGGAGAAGGAGGGCAGUGUGAUGGUGGAGUUUGAUGACGGAGACAGAGGAAGAAUCUCUCUGCCCAACAUACGCCUGCUACCCCCAGGUUAUCAGAUACACUGUGCGGAGCCAUCUCCAGCCCUGCUCUCACCUGGUCGUUGUGGUCGCAGAAGCUCCACCCAGGACAGUACAGACAAGCCCACAGAGAGACCAACCAAUGGGGAGACAGGAGGGAGGAGCCAGGAGCGGAGACCAGUAGGACGACCCAAAAAGGUCAAGCCAGGGGCCAAUAGUUCCUCAACAACAUCAGAGAGUGUAACCAGUGGUAACACUUCCUCGUUAAGCUGGCCAGCAAAGAGACUUCCAGUGGACUUCUUCCUUUUCAACGGGACGUCUCGUAAAACCCACCGAGGGGGUCACCAGCGAGACUUGGGGGUGUUCCACCGCCCCGCCACACACCCCUUUGCCCCUCCUGCUCCCCUCAAGGGCAUCUUCCGUUCCCCAUUCGAGAUCGACUCCUUCAGUAGCAUCGCCAACGGUUACGCUGGAGCCUUCGGUACCGGAACCCAACGGCCUGUAACCACGGUUAUGCCUCUGGGGCUGAGGGACUCUGUCACCAUGACAACAGCACCCUCCAACAGGAAGUCGAGUGACAGAGACAGAAAACAGUUCCUGGUGAAGCUGGAUCACGAGGGUGUGACGUCGCCCAAAACCAAGAAUGGGAAAGCUCUGCUGCGUCUGGGGGGUGGCAGGGUGCACAAGGGUCCCUCUGCAGGGGUGGCGGGUGCACCCCUGAGGUACAUCCACCCUGCUCUGGUAGUGAAGGACAGGAAGAAAGGAGGAGGAGAGAGUGGAGUGUCCAGGUCUGAGCUGCUCCUGAAGGGGGCCCCAGCCCUCAGAAAAGGGCUCCCCUCAUCUGGUUUAGGGGGUCUGGGGGGAGAGUUUGGAGCUCUGGACUGCCCCAGCGACUGCCCCAGCUCUUACUCUGAGCUGGAUGAGGAUGAUGAUGAUGAUGAUGAUGGAGAUGAAGACGUAGCUCGGAGGAGAGCAGCAGCAGCAGGUGCGGGACGUUUCCUCUCCCGUCUCUCCGUCUGCUCCUCGUCCUCCUCCUCUUCUUCCUCCUCCGGCUCCCUCUCUUCCUCCUCCCUCUGUUCUUCCGACAAUGACUCCUCCUACUCCUCAGAUGAAGAAGGGUCUUCAUCCCUCCUUCUCCACAGAGCGCUGCUCCAGCAGCAGAAACACAAACACAGGCAGAGCUUGACCUCUAACCGCUUAACCCCUGACCCCUCCACUAACCCCAAACCUAACGCCGCCUCCUCAGCCUCUGCCCAACCACACGCCUAUGUUGCCAAGGCAGCCAUGACCAUCACCGGAGGUUCAAAGGUGAGAGGAAGUGACAGAGGAGAGGACAGGAAAGAGUACACAUCAAAGGGAAGGACUAAUAGUAGCAGUAGCGCAGCCAAAAACCAAACCAAGAGGAGAGAUGGUUCCGGCUCCAAUACACACAUUGCGAUUCCCAACACACACACUUCGACCCCCAACACCCCAGCCUCCCAGCCCAAACCUCCCAAGGACCACCCAGCAGCCAAGAGGCAGAGGAUGUUGUCACCGGACCCCCAUCCCAAUAUGUCCGCCCUCCUGCCGGGUCGCCAGCUGUGGAAGUGGUCUGGAAACCCCACGCAGAGGCGUGGUCUGAAGGGUAAGGCCCGUAAGUUGUUCUACAAGGCGAUCGUACGUGGAGGUGAGACGGUGCAUGUGGGGGACUGUGCUGUAUUCCUGUCCCCCGGUCGGCCCCAGCUGCCCUAUGUGGGGCGAGUGGAGAGCCUCUGGGAGUCCUGGUCCUCCAGCAUGGUGGUCAGGGUCAAGUGGUUCUACCAUCCCGAGGAAACACGCCUGGGGAAGAGGCACCACGACAGAAAGCAUGCUUUGUACCAAUCAAGCCACGAGGAUGAGAAUGACGUCCAGACCAUCUCACACCGCUGUCAGGUGGUCAACCGUGCCGAGUACGAGCACCUGAUUCGCAGACGCAAGUCAGGGGGCGGAGCUCAGGACCUGUUCUACCUGGCCGGAACCUACGAACCAACCACAGGCCAGCUAGUCAGCGCCGAAGGCGUGGCCAUCGUCCCCUAGCAACAACUAUGGAGUGUAAACAAAACAAAGCCUUCAAGAUGGCUGCCUCAUCUCAUAGGGCUGGACCGAGCUACUGGCGCUGGUGUCAGUGAAGCAUGGUUCUGUCCAGAACUAGAGAGUCCAGAAAGGAGGAUCUUCCUUGUUCUGGUUCUAGUUCUUGCUGGUUCUGGAUCUUGGUUCUUGGUCUUAUUUGGGUGUGGACGAUCCCAAACCCCAACAGGGAUAACAGCACUUUGGACCGCAGUGGAUUCUAUUAUCAGCACGGGAGUCAUCUGACCUGAAGAGGAACUUCAGUACUCUACUGACCUAAAACAAAGACAAACAGUGCCCACUAUACACUCUGUCUCCAAUAGUUGUUUUACAGUCUGUCAUAGAGUCAAAGACUGUCAUAGACUGACUCUUAGGCAGUCUGACAAAGAGAGACUCUCACCAGGUUGUUGCUGUAAGUGAGAAUGUUGUUUUCACUUCUCAGCCUAUAGAUCUGGUUAUAUAGAAUACACGAAAGAGACUGGGAGAGAGAGAGAGAGAGAGAGAGAGAGAGAGAGAGAGAGAGAGAGAGAGAGAGAGAGAGAGAGAGAGAGAGAGAGAGAGAGAGAGAGAGAGAGAGAGUAAGGAGAGGAGAGCAGAGACUGUUCUCUCCCCCUUCUGGGUUUAAUGGUCUUUCUGGUGCCCACACUGGUCUGAUGAUAAAUGAACAACGGCAGGAUUGAGAAAUCCCAACAGGACCAAAAACACUGUAGUUCUGAAGUGUGUGUGUGUGAGUGAGAGUAUGAGUGCGUUUGUGUGCUGAGUGGUUGUAAUGGAUGCAUUUGGUACUUGAAGAGCUCAGAGUAAAUAGUGCUUUAGCGUGUGUGUUUGCUUGUCUGUGCGUGCGUGCAUUGGUCUCUAGUCUAGACCUCACCAUGGAAAACCCUCAAUGUCUUUAACACUCAGAAAGUACACCUACUAAACGUAAAUCUAUAAAUAUUAAUUAAUAUAUAGAUCGAUUUACUAACAGCUUCUUCUCUAGACAAAAAAAAGACAAAAAGGAUGAUUAUUUCUCCAGUCAAGCCAUACACUUCAAUACCUCUCAUAUCCUCCUAUUCAGGUGCAUAGAUGUACAGCUUAAUUAUUUGUCUAUCUCUGUGUGUUGUACAGCAUUAUGUAUAAAGACGUUAUGAUUAAACUGUACAUAGUAUACAUAUAUAAUAUACUUGAAGAGAGAAAUAUAUCCCUCUUUGUUUCUCUUUAGGUUGUGUUAUUUUUCCAAUAUUUUUCUUUGAGUUGUUCUUUUGGGAGGAGAAAGUUUUAGUCCUCUCUUCCUGCACUGAGUAUGUGGUGGGGAUGGGAUGGUAUGGGGGCCAUGAGGGGUAAAGCUGUAAAUAUGCUACAAGGGAAGGGUUCAAGUCCCAUUUUUGGGAUUAGGGUGGAUUUGGUGACUUGGGAUGGAAGGGGAUGUUUUUAUAAGAAAAGUGGAAAAGGCUUUUUGUGUCGACAUCAUCAUUGGUCUGUUUUGUAUAUUUUUCAUAUAUGUUUUUAUUGUGUCUAUUGUUAUGUGCUUAUUCUCCUGAGGGGGUUUAACAGAAAUACUGGACAGAAACCGAGUUUCUUCUAUUUGCUGAUCCUUAAAGAUCUAGACCGGAGAGUUCUAGAUGUUCUAUAUCUAUAUUAUAUUCCUAGAGGAGAUCUAUGUAGGUAUUUAUCUGGCCUCAAAAAAACUAAACCAAAGCGCAUCUAUGUUUACGCUUGAUCACAUUAGAAUACAAUAUGAAGAAAUAUACAAAUAUGAAAAUAUUCAAUCUAAUCAAAAUUCCGGGAUCCUGCAAUCAUAUUGAAGUAAAAUACCUAUGUUCCCUCAUACCUGUUGGCAUAGAACAUCACUUCACCACCAUGUUGCCAUGGGAGCAACGUUUUCUUUCUGCACAUUGCCCAGCUGUUGCACUUGAAGGCUCCAUGACAACCGUAUAUGACAUCACAUGAAAGUAAAGGACAAUCAGAGCCAAUCAAAAGAGGGUAAUAUAUAUUUAGAAAAAAGAUCAAAUCAAAAUUGUGCUUAAUCUUGUUCCUGCAUUGCCAAAAAUGUCUCUUUCUGUUUUUAAUAUUUUAAUUUUGCCAUUGUCUUUUUCCUGACUGUUAUGCAAGCCUGGGAUGACUGUGUUUUCAGUGUUGAGGUUUUUACAAGGACAACAUUAAUGCCUUUUAGUUUGCAACGUACAUGGACUUUUUAAAACAUUGUUGCUGUUACACUGCGAAGCAAAAGCUUUAAAAGAAAUCUAAUGUGAACAUCCAUAUUAUGUUACUUUUUGUAGGUCUUGAAACAAUUUUUUAAAAGCUGUAUUUUCUUAAAGAAACACUGGAUUCAGUUCUAAACAUCACAUUGGGUAAAGUGACAUCAUCCUUGUGCAACCUGUUUUGGAGGCCCACUGGAAACAAUUGACUUUGUAGGGUUGAUAUAUACUUUGUAACAUUUGUCUCGGUCAUUGUUGGAAACAUGACUAAAAUAUUUCCCCUGUGUAAAAAAAAAGAAAAAAAAAGAAAAGUUAUUUAUCUUAAUUUUAUUGCCUUUGUGUCGCGUUUCAUUAAAAAAAACACUAAAAAUGA